AUGAGAGACACGAGAUAUCAUACACUUAAACCAGGAUUCCCUGAUAUUGUUGGUAAAUCAGCAAUCCCAGAUGGUAUUGUCAGUAAACCAGCAAUUCCAGAUAUUGUCCGUAAACCAGCAAUCAAAGAUAUUGUCCGUAAACCAGCAACCCCAGAUGAUAUUGUCAGUAAAACAGCAAUCCCUGAUAUUGUCGGUAAACCAGCAAUCCUUGAAAUUUUCAGUAAAGCGGCAAUCCCAGAUAUUACCCGUAAACCAGCAAUUUCUGAUAUUGUCGCAAUCACAGAUCUUACCCGUAAACCAGCAAUCCUAGAUAUUGUCGGUAAACCAGCAAUCCCAGAUCUUACCCGUAAACUGGCAAUCCCAGAAAUUGUCCGUAAACCACCAAUCCCAGAUCUUACCCGUAAACCAGCAUUCCCAGAUAUUGUUGGUAAACCAGCAAUCCAAGAUUUUACCCAUAAACCAGCAAUUCCAGAUAUUUUCUGUAAACCAUCAAUUCCAUUUAUUGUUGGUAAACCAUCAAUCCCAGAUAUUGUCGGUAAACCAUUAAUUCCAGAUAUUGUCGAUAAACAUGGUAAACCAGCAAUCUCAAAAACUGUCGAUAAAACAGCAUUCUUUGAAACUGUCAGUAAACCAGCAAUCUCUGAAACUGUCGAUACACCAGCUAUCUCUGGAACUGUCGAUAAAAAGCAAUCUCUGAAACUGUCGAUAAAACAGCAAUCUCUGAAACUGCCGGGAAACCAGCAAUCUCUGAAACUGUCGAUAAACCAGCUAUCUCUGAAACUGUCGAUAAAAUGCAAUCUCUGA